AUGGCAGUAUUAACAGAAAUAGAAGAAGACAAACUCGGCGAAGAACCAGGUGAGGAAAUUGAAUCAACACCACCUCAAAAGGUUGGCGAAAAGAGACAAUUCACUGCCAAUUCACCCAUAAAAAAGAAGCUCCUCAAACGUGGACUCGGUUGGGAAACCCCCAAUUUCAACGAUCAUGUUACUGUUCAUUACGUUGGAACUUUGCUGGACGGAACAAUGUUGGGCUCCACUAGGGUUUCGGAUUCUCCCGUCACAUUUACUCUUGGCCAAAGUGAAGUGUAUGCUGGAUUGGAUGAUGGGAUUGUCACCAUGAAGAAGGGAGAGGUAGCAUUGUUUACAUUACCUGCUGCUGAGUCUGAAGGCAUUCUGCGAGACGCUAACUCGGUUGUGCAAUUUGAGGUGGAACUCGUUUCUUGGAUCACUGUAGUGGAUGUUUGCAAAGAUGGUGGAAUUAUCAAGGAAAUUAUGGAGAAGGGUAAAGGGAGUGAUCGGCCCGGUGAUCUUGAUGAAGUUCUUGUGAAGUAUCGGGUGGCACUAGUAGAUGGUACUGUUGUUGCAGAAACACCGGAAUGCGGAGUUGAAUUCUAUGUGAACGAUGGUCAUCUUCUUCCUAGAUUGCCAAAAGUGAUCAUGACUAUGACCAGGGGAGAGAAGGCCGAAUUAAUUUUUCAACCUCAAUAUGCCUUUGGAGAGACAGGGAGAGAAGCUAGCAGUGGGUUCCAUUCAAUUCCCCCAGACUCAAUGCUCUAUGUUAACAUUGAAUUGGUGUCCUUCAAGCCUGUCAUAAAUGUAACUGGUGACUCUAUGGUGAUUAAGAAAAUUUUGAAAGAAUGGGAGGGUGCUUACACAGCCAACAAGGGUGAAAAUGUUACUGUCAGUUACACGGCUAUGCUAGAAGAGGGCACUGUAUUGGAGAAAAGAGGAAUUGAUGAAAUACAACCCUUGAAAUUCGUAACUGACGAGGAACAAGUAAUUACUGGUCUAGACCAAGCAGUGGCGACAAUGAAAAAGGGCGAGAAGGCCAUAAUUAGCAUACAUCCUGAUUAUGCAUUUGGAAAUAUGGAAUGUGAGAGCAUGAGACACGAAAUUCGUACUUCAACUAACGCCAUGACCUCAGUUCCCAAGCUAUUGAAGUUUAUGCGUCCCCAUUAUGGUACUCUUAAGGCAUAUUAUGAAACUAUGACGGCGAGUUUGAAGGAACCAAUGUCUAUGGCCUUGUCAACUGUAGGGGAGGAUGGAAAACCCUUGGCUCGGGUUGUAUUGCUAAAAGGCCUUGACAAAGAUGAAUUUGUGUGGUUCACGAAUUACGGCAAGGAGGGAUUUGCUGCUAGUUCUUAUGCAUCAGGAUUUGGAGCAAUAUAUCUAUCUGUCAGCGGCAUGUUGCUGUAUUUGUUAUCAUUUGCUCUUGGUGCUGGCCCGGUUCUUUGUCUCCUCAUGUCCGAAAUAUUACCUGGCAAGAUCAGAACCGAAGCAAUGACGAUUUGUUUGGUUGUGCAUUGGGUGAUAAACUUCUUUGUUGGUCUAUUCUUUUUGCGUUUGCUGGAACAAAUGGGGGCACAACUCUUGUACGAUAUUUUCGGUGCAUUUUGUUUGCUGGCUGUGGGUUGCAAGAGUGAAAUUUGCAUAUGGUCUACUUCAUAUCCCGGAAACACAACAUCUGCUAGAUCCGGCACUAUAUCCUAUGUAGGAAGUUUAUUUAAAGGCUCUGGAAUUCGGUAUCUCCUGGUUGCUUUUCUUCGAAGUCAAAAUGGAGAACAUGUUAGCGGCCUUACUUGGAGUCCGGAUGGAAGAUACUUAGCUUCUGCUUCAUACGAGAGCUCUUCUUUCAUUGUGUGGUAUGUUUCUCAAGGUGUGGGGUCACCUAUUCGACGAGGAUUAGGAGGCAUAUCAAUGUUAAAAUGGUCACCCACUGGAGAUUACUUCUUUGCUUCAAAAUUUGAUAGAACAUUUUAUCUUUGGAAAACAAUCACUUGGACAUCAGAGCAAUGGUCAUCAACUAGCAGUGGUUUUGUCAAGUGUGCAACAUGGGAUCCAGAUGGGCGUAUGGUACUGCUCGCCUUUUAUAAAUUUUCUGUUAUGAUUGCUCAAUUUAAGCAAUGGGAUCCGGGAGUAAUUUUAGAACCUUGA